AUGGCCUCUUCUAUACGUGGGCAGGAUAUCUCUGAGGGAGAAUGGGACGAUGAUGAAUACGUGUCAGACAGAGACUAUGAUUAUGAAGAUGAAGAGGAAUACGAACUAUAUGAGGACGCUCAACAGGUGACAAGUACGCAACGGAGCCCGAUACCCAGCGCACCCUCGGGGCCUACCCCGUACGCGGUGUCCCUGGUGCGCGAUAUAGCUUCGGCUUUCGGCUUGUUCUUCACGCACACAGUAGAGAAGCUCAUACUGGAGAUGACCAACCUCGAGGCCGAACGCACGGGCUACGAGCAACGGAACGCUUGGUGGAAGGCGGGCAUGGGCGAGACCGAGCUGCGCGCAUACGUGGGAUUGCUCAUCCUGGCCGGAGUGUAUAGGUCCCGAGGGGAGGCCGCGGCCAGCCUCUGGGACGCUGAAAGCGGUUGCUCGAUAUUCCGCGCCACCAUGCCCCUCAAGGUGUUUUACGCGUACUCGAAGCUGCUGCGCUUCGACGAUCGCGAGACGAGAGCUCAGAGACGGGCCUCGGACAAACUGGUUAGAGAGCUGUGGGACAGGUGGGCGGAGAGGCUGCCCUACCUGUACAACCCGGGACCCGAUGUUACCGUGGACGAACAGCUGGUUCCCUUGAGAGGGAGACGCUGUCCCUUCAGACAAUACAUGCCCAACAAACCCGCAAAGUACGGAAUCAAGUCUUGGGUUGCCUGCGAUGCGAAAUCCAGCUACGCGUGGAAGAUGCAGGUCUACGUGGGCAAGAAGGAGCUGCCCACCGGGGACUCGCACGCGCCAGCCCUACCGCGCUCCGAGAAAAACCAAGGCGCCCGCGUGGUACUGGAACUCACCGAGGGGCUCUCCGGACCGCGCAACGUAACCUGCGACAACUUCUUCACUUCUUACGAGCUCGGACAGCGGCUCCUGGAGAGAGGUCUGACCAUGCUCGGAACCGUAAGGAAGAACAAACCCGAACUGCCGCCCGCGUUGGUCGCCACCAAGGGCAGACCCGUCUUCUCGUCCCAGUUCGCGUUCACCGGAGCCACAGCCAAGAGCACCACGCUGGUCUCGUACGUGCCCAAGAAAAACAAGAACAUGUUGAUCAUGACCACGCUGCCUUGGCGCUCACACUCGCAAACCCGAGAUUGCUCUGCCUCCGCCUCAUAUUCCGGACUCAGCGAGCGCUCCGAUCGGAAACCUAACCUGGUACUCAAGUACAACAGCACCAAGGGCGGAGUGGACAACCUGGACAAGGUCAUCGCCACGUACAGCUGCAGGAGAAUGACCUCGCGCUGGCCCGUGGUCAUCUUUCACAACAUACUCGAUGUGUCCGCGUACAACGCUUACGUGAUAUGGCGAGAGACGAACCCCGCGUGGCUGUCCGGUAAUCGAAACAAGCGCAGGUUGUUCCUGGAGCAGCUGGGCAAGGCGCUCGUGACCCCGCUCAUAGAGAAGAGGCGGGGGAUGCCUCGAGCCGAGGAUUCGGCCGCGCUGGUCAGAACCCUUAGAAUAGGGGGCAGCGGUGACAGCGAUCCGGGAUCUCCUUCUUCGCAACCGCAACCCACUCGACGAGGGUCAUGUGACCACCCCACACAGGACAUCCUGGGCUCGCUAGCCCACCCGAAACCGAACGCUAGCAAAAGGAAGAGGUGUCAGAUAUGUCCCCCUAAAAAAGACAGUAAAACCUACACAACCUGCCAAGGCUGCAGCAAGUACGUGUGCAAGAGCUGCGUGCUCCCGUAUUGCCCCGCGUGCGUGUAG